AAUUACGAUAUUAUAACAGCUUUGGGGAAUCCCAAUAGUGUUGCUAUGGAAAACGAAAUAGCGUAAUUCGCAAAUUAAAACUAUGGUAGGCUACAAACUAAAACUAUAGCAAAAUGACUUAGAAUUUUUGUACAAUUCAAAUUAAAACGUUAUUCUGCACAUAAAUGGCUGUUGAUAGCAUUCAACCGCUCGAUUCUGUGCAAAGAAUUCAUUCACGCAUAACUGGAAGGUUAUAUAAAGGUCAUGGUGUUACUGCCGCCACUGCUUCUAUCCCAAGCAAAUAUCAGACCAUUGUAACCAACAACUCUGACCGAAAAGGAUUUCGAACACAAGCAAAACGUUUCAGUGAUGACUAUUAUUUGAAUGACAUCCCUGGUCCUGGAAACUAUAGUUGCCCUCAUGGAGAAAUAGAAAAGAAAUCAACUUCGUUUUCAAAGAAAGGAACUGGAAGUUUUGCAUCAAAAACAUUAAGAACUCGUAAAUCAAUGCUGGGAGUUACACCUGGUGCUGGAUCCUAUAACCUACCUUCUUUGUUGAGCACAAGAAAGGAGUUUAAUCGUGCUAAUACAAGCUCAUUCCAUCAACCUAUUGCUAUUAAAACUGAUCACAUAUUGGUUGGCCCGCCAAGAGCCCCAGCUCCUAAUCAGUAUAAUGUACAAAGCAUUAACACAGGGAAGAACUAUGGUGUAACUGCAGAAGCUGCAUUUAAAUCAAGGACAAAACGUCAAGGAAUUCCCAUUGGAAGCACAAGAGUUCCAUCUCCCAGUCACUACAAUAUACAAAGUGGGACAAAGGUUAAUGCUCCAAUGUCAAGCUUCUGUUCUACAACAAAAAGACAGCUUAACAGUAAACCUGCAGAAGUGCCUGGCCCUGGUGCUUACAAACCUUUUGAUGUUGUCACUCCACCUCAAAAACUCAUAUUACCGCGCAAGCAUUAUCUUUGCAUCAGUGCACCAGCUAUGCCACUCCCAGCACCCAUUGAAAACCCAGGACCUGGAUCUUACGAACUCGUGGACUACGAGGGGCCACCAAAACACUAUAUGUCAUCCGGUGUGUUCGUUUCGAAUACAUCUCGUUGGACGUUUGAUCAUCUUCCUGGCAAAGAUAACCCAGGUCCUUCCACGUAUAGACCAGAAAGAGUGGGGAAACAAAGUUUUAUAUACAAUGCUCAAAAUAAAUGGAUUCCUUUAUAAAGCAGUAUUACACAGGACAAUGUGCUAAACAAAUUUGACAUACAUAUGACUCUACAGUUUGCUCUUUUACCUAAAUCAUUUUCAACCUGCCAUAAUAAUUACUUUUGAUAAUUAAAUGAAUUUUACAAAUUUUAAAACAAAACAACAACAUGUAUAACAUUAUGAGUUACAAGCAGGUGCGAUCUAUAUUAUCUUGUACGUUUACUGUGAUUUGUGAUUUUUCUAUUAAAGCUUUCACUGUAAAA